AUGUCGUCCCUACCGCAAGGGCUACUCCCGUCCGAAGACGAUCUUCUCUACGAGGAGGAGAUUCUUAGAAACCCCUUUUCUCUUAAACUCUGGUGGCGGUAUCUCGCGGCGCGGCGCGAUUCGCCCGCGCGGAAGCGGUACUUGAUAUACGAGCGCGCGUUAGUAGCUCUCCCGGGUUCCUACAAGCUAUGGGCGGCGUACCUUAAGGAACGCCGCGCGGCGGUCCGCGGGCUUCCCGCGAAUCACGCUGCGCACGCCGCUUUAAACAAUGCCUUCGAGCGCGCUUUAGUUACGAUGCACCGCAUGCCGCGCAUUUGGCUCGAGUACCUAUCAGCGUUGGUAGACGAUCAGAAGCUAGUAACGCGCGCGCGUCGCACGUUCGAUCGCGCGCUCCGAUCCCUGCCCGCGACGCAGCACGAUAGACUCUGGCAUCCGUAUCUUAGAUUCGUCCGCCAGCCUGGCAUACCCGUCGAGACCGCGCGCCGGGUUUUCCGCCGGUUUUUGCGGUUCGAUCCGUUGCGCGUGGAGGAGUACGUGGAGUUUCUAGUCGAGGCGCAGGAAUGGCGCGAAGCGGCGGAGCGGCUCGCGUCGGCUCUAAACGACGAGAAAUUCGUGUCGCAGCAACAGCAGCAGGAAGACGCGCUAAGAGCCAACGCAGCAGCUUCGAAGCAAAAGAAGCAGCAGAAAAAGAAGCCAUUAGACUGGAUGUUCCGAACAGCAGACGCGGAUCUGCGCUUGGCGCGCUUAGAAGCCCUCAUGGACCGCCGCCCAGAGCUCGUCUCUGCAGUCCUGCUCCGCCAGAACCCCCACAACGUGCACGAGUGGCAUAAGCGCGCCAAGCUCUUCCAAAACAAUCCUGAGCGUCAGAUUCUCACCUACACCGAGGCUGUGAAGACCGUUGAUCCGUUUCAGGCGGUUGGGAAGCCUCAUACGCUCUGGGUGGCGUUUGCGAAGCUGUAUGAGAAACACGGGGAUUUGGGGAAUGCGAGGCGGGUGCUUGAGCGGGCGGUUCAGGCGCGGUUGAAAGCGGUGGAGGACGUUGCGGCGGUGUGGUGUGAGUGGGCGGAGAUGGAGGUGCGGCAUCAUAACUUCCACGGGGCGAGGGAGCUGCUGAGGCGAGCAACGCUGCAGCCGUCAGUGGCCGUGCUGCGGCAAGCGGCAGCAGAAGGCGACGAGCGGCCGCAGCUGAAGGUGUAUCGCAGCCUCAAGGUGUGGACGCUGUACGUGGACCUGGAGGAGAGCCUGGGCACGCUGGAGACAACAAGGGCGGUGUACGACCGCAUCAUCGACCUCAAGAUCGCCACGCCUCAGAUCAUCAUCAACUACGCGCUCAUGCUCGAGGAGCACAAGUACUUUGAGGACAGCUUCAAGGUGUACGAGCGGGGAGUAAAUAUCUUCAAGUACCCGCACGUGCGCGACAUCUGGACCACCUACCUCUCCAAGUUCGUGCAGCGCUAUGGAGGGAAGAAGCUGGAGAGGGCCCGAGACUUGUUCGAACAGGCACUCGAGAGUGCCCCAGCAACGGACUGCAAGCCACUCUACUUAGCAUAUGCAAAACUGGAGGAGGAGUAUGGGCUGGCACGGCACGCCAUGGCUGUGUAUGAGCGUGCAGCACAGGCAGUGCCGGAGGAGCAGCGGAUGGGCGUGUAUGAGCUGUUCAUUGCACGGGCCGCUGAGCUGUUUGGGGUGGCCAAGACACGGGAUAUCUACGAGAGGGCCAUCGAGUCUGGUCUACCAGACGCGGAUGUGAAGCGCAUGUGCCUGCGGUACGCGGCGUUGGAGAGGCGGCUGGGGGAGAUCGACCGCGCGCGAGCCAUCUUUGUGCACGCCAGCCAGCUGGCGGACCCGCGAUCUGACGGGGAGUUCUGGGAGGCGUGGAACGCGUUUGAGAUCGCACAUGGGAAUGAGGACACGUUCCGGGAUAUGCUCAGGAUCAAGCGAUCUGUUUCUGCUAGCUACAGCCAGAUGCAUUUCAUUCUUCCCGAAUACCUCAUGAAGUCAAUCCCGUCCGUGCCUCGGGAAGCUGAUACUGGCCGGGGCAGGGAGGGCGCACCUGGGGAAGGCUUACUUGACGCCCCAGGUGCUGCUGGUGCUGCUGGUGGGGGAAUGGAUAGCAUGGAAGCUCUAGAACAGGCGGCUGCCGGGAAAGCAGCAGGAGGAGUGGGAGGAGCAGGGGAGGGGGCGGCGAAACCGCGCGUGCCCAUGUUUGUGAGUGGGGGGACGGUUCAAGAGCAGGAGACAGGAGCAGGGGUGAAAUCCCAACAGGCGAACCCGGAGGAGAUUGAGUUGGCUGAUGAGGAGGAGGAGGAGGAGGAGGAGGAGGGGGAGGGAGAGGGAGGGGAGGGUAAGGGGAGGAGCAAGGUGGGGGUGACGCAGGUGUCGGUGCCUGCCGGGGUGUUUGGAGCUUUGGCUGGGAAGGCUGAGGAGAUGGCGAAGAGAGAGAGGGAGGCUGCGGAGAAGGGCGGGGAGCAGGAAGGGAAGGAGGCGGUGCUGGGAGCACUGGAGCGGUUCAAAAGGCAGAGGAAGCAGUAG